UCAGUGGAUGUUUGAAACACAUUUAUUUUAUUUUAUGUCAAAACGACGUUAUUAAUGUCGCUUGGCAGCAGUUACGAACUAACCGGUUUUAAGCGUUGAAUUGAAUCCAUCAAAUCCUGCCUUUGUUCUUGGCGAAACUCCUCAGGUGUUUUGUUCCAGCAGAAGACGCGGUAAAGUUGGCGGAUUACGUCCAUUCGGCGUAGAUCUUCGUUCGCGCUGCAAACUCGUCUUCAUUUGAACUUUCAGUUUUGUUUGUAGAUCGCUUUAACACUUCAUUACCUACUCAGCAGUACAUACGGACCAGAACAUCAGGUCCAGGAUGGAACAUGAAGCGGAGAAAUACCAGCAGCGACUGCAGGCUAUAGCGGAGAAACGGCGGAUACAGGAAGAGCAGGAGCGAGCCAAGAGAGAGAUGGAGGAUGAGCGAAUGAGACUUCAGCAGCUAAAGAGGAAGUCCCUCAGAGACCAAUGGCUGAUGGAAGGACCUCCCACAUCUCCUGACAGUACGGGACCCCGAUCACCCCUCUGGGGCCACAAGGCUACGGAGAUUGAGACGCACAUUAACAAAUUGCAGGUGAUGUCUGAGCGGUUGGCAGAGGAAGAAAUUAAACUGAAGAAACUCAUAGAAGACAGUUCCACUGAACCUGGCACAGAUGCUCAGACACAGCAUAAGGGCGAGACUAUGGUGGAGCCAGUGGGAACAGCAGUUGCUGAGACGGCCCCUAAUGGACCUAUCGUGGAGAAUGGAAAAGAGGAAAAGAGAGAUAAUUCUGUGCAUGCUGAGAACCACGACGUGGAGGAAGCAGAACCGCUCACUGAUGCAAACACAGAAACUGUCACCAUAACAACUUCAGCUAUUAUUAACGGAAAUGUGGAAGGAGAAACAUCACACAAUACUCCAGGACAGGACGAACCCGCCUCUGCUAACGGCUUCGCCAGCCACCCUGCUGAAGGAACAGGUGCUGGAGGAAUAACCAUGACCUUCCUUGGCUUCAAGGAGGUGGAGCCCGGACAUGGAGUUGAUGAGGACGAUGAUGGUGGCGCAAUUAUCCGAGCAGAAAGAGUCAUCAUUACAGACGAAGGAGAGGAAAUCCCAGAGGAAGAUGACAGCAUGGCUCAAGAACCUACUACGGAUGCUAAAAAUGAAGAAGAGACAGAAGCAACGUGUGCUGAAGAAGAGACAGAGUAUGAUCCGGAAGCGUCUGUUGAUCCGAAGCAGGUCGAAGUGACUGAAGAUACUCCUGCUGAGGAAAUAGACGUGGAUGUGGUAGUGGUAGACGAAGGGCAAAUAGAGCAACAUCUCCCAGUCUCCACUGAAACGCAACCCCAGAAUGUGACAGUAGAUAGCCCUAUAGAGGCUUCCCUCAUUCCAAUGUAUUCCACAACAGAACCUUCUCCAACAAUCAGACCCAAAGUCGAAACAAACGCAACAGAAUCGCAAACCCCAAAAGACGAGGAGUCCGUGGCCGCCUCACGCAUCUCGCUCAGCCAAUUUCAGGAGGUUCCGCUGGACGAGUCCAACACAGAGAAGCAGCGUGCCGAACAAGAACCUCUGCUGAUCUCCAAAGCAGCGGCCCAGCUGGAUACCAGCGCCACCAAUCCAGCAGAGGACGCAGGAGCACCAAAGCGGAAAAACUGCCAGUGUUGUUCAAUCAUGUGAACGGUCUGUUGACGUUUGACUGUGACUUUUUAUUUUUAUUUCUUUUUCAUCUUGACUGUUACUCAAGACGUUCAUAUUUUGAUCUUCAGCUGUUCACUUGCGGCGUCAAAGGACAAAAUGUUUAUACUGAAGAAUACCUUCAAAACGGAGCCGUAGAACGUAAAGACUGGCAUUGCCCUUUCCAUAUUGGAUGCCCAUAAUUCCUAUCAGUGUAAAAAGGAGCUUUGUAAAGGGCAUUGGCUUGGAGGAAAGGACUGGAAUAGGCUUCAGUGUGCAUGUUGUUGUUGUUAAUGCGUCACCAUUGGUUGCAUUCCCAGCCUCUGGUGUCUGAUUAGUGAUUAUGGUCCUGUUUUUAUGUCUGGCGACUCUAGAGCGUUGGCUGCCGACCCACAGAGGCCUUGGCGGUUUUAACACUACCACAUAAAAAUAUUUUGUUUUUAUCAGUGCCGUGGGAAUCAACCCACAGCGGCAAUUAACACUUCUCUACUUUCAAUAGUUGUUGCAUAAUCUAUUAUAAACAAUUUGUGUGCCUUGAUUAUGAAUCAAAACAAAGAGACAGAAUGGUUACCUGUGAUUUUAUACAUGCUGUAACAUCUUUAGAGAUUUGUAUUGCUGAUGUGAAUUGAGUUUCAAUUUGACUGCGUUUAAUGUUACGUUGUCUUCACCUGGCUGACAUAAGUGUUUUUAGACAUUAAACGGAUAGUUUAUCCUGCACUGAAAAUCAUUUUAUGUUCCAAAACUCCUGGAGUUUUUCUUUAGCAAGACACAAGAUAUUUUGAAGAGUGUUUCAACUGUUUUGUCUGUACAGUGAUAGGCAAUGGAUUCCAAAACAACUUUCUAUUACAAAAAAAGAUAUUUUUGUCUUGCAGAAGAAAUGCAUACAGGUUUAGAACAACAUGAGGGUGAAUAAAUGAUGACAGAAUUAA